AGAAUUUUUCAGCCAAAAUGUCCUACCACUUAUUCGUUCUUGCUAUCUUCUCCCAGGUUCUAUUUCAGAACGUAUACAGCCAGUGCGUGGGCGGCGGGGCGGCAGGCUAUGGCCUGGGUCCCGGCUUCGGCCCCGGGCUGGGCGCGUACGGCGCGGCGGUGGCCCCCGGGCUGGCGCUGGCGGGCCCCGGGCUGGAGUACGCGGCGGCGUACGGCGGCGCCGGCGUGGGCGACGUGGCGGUGGCCGGCGAGAUGCCGGUGGCGGGCACCACGCUCGUGGCCGGCCAGGUGCCCAUCCUCGGCGCCGUGCGCUUCGCCGGGGACCUGCCCGCCGCCGGCGUCGUCACCAUCACCGGCAGCUGCGCAUGCGGCUGCGGCGCUCCGGGACCUUAUUAUUACUAAUUUAACACGUUAAAUAAAUUAAUCUAUAAUUUA